UCAUGUGACUCCCUGCACCCGGAAGCGCGCCUAUCGGGGUGAGUCGGAGCGCGCAGGGUUCGGUCCAGGCUGACAGCAUGGAUCAGCGGGUGUUCUGGGUGUUUGCCUCCGCAGCGUGCCUCCUCUCCCUCACCGUGCACUCUUCGUCCGGGCAGACCUACCCGCUGACUGAUGAGGGGGGUCUGGGCAGAGUGUUUGACGGGAUCGGGGGGUUGAGCGGUGGAGGGGCCACAUCCCGGUUACUUGUGAACUAUGCUGAGCCGUACAGGAGCCAGAUCCUGGACUACCUGUUUAAGCCAAACUUUGGAGCCUCUUUACACAUUCUGAAGGUGGAGAUCGGAGGAGAUGCUCAGACUACAGAUGGAACAGAGCCUUCAUACAUGCACUACGAGAACGAUGAGAACUUCUUCAGAGGCUACGAGUGGUGGCUGAUGAAGGAGGCCAAGAAGAGGAACCCGAACAUAACGCUCAUAGCGUUACCCUGGGCGUUCCCCGGCUGGGUGGGCCGUGGGAAGAACUGGCCUUAUGACUUCCCAGAUGUCACUGCAGCGUACGUGGUGAACUGGGUCAUAGGAGCCAAGAAAUACCACGACUUGGACAUUCAGUAUAUUGGGAUUUGGAAUGAGCGGUCGUUCGACUCAAAGUACAUCAAGCUGCUGCGGUACACUCUGGACAAGACUGGUUUGGAGUCGGUCCGGAUCGUAGCCAGCGAUAACCUGUGGGAGCCCAUUACCGUGUCGCUGACGCUCGACCCAGAGCUCAGCAGCGUCGUAGACGUGAUAGGGGCUCACUAUCCGGGAACUACCACAGUGCCAGAGGCCUUGACCACAAAGAAAAAGCUGUGGUCUUCGGAGGACUACAGCACCUUCAACGAUGACGUGGGCGGAGGCUGCUGGGCGCGGAUCCUCAACCAGAACUACGUCAACGGACAAAUGACGGCAACCAUCUCCUGGAACCUGGUGGCCAGUUACUACCAGGAGCUGCCGUUCGGCAGAGACGGGCUGAUGACGGCUCAGGAACCUUGGAGUGGAAACUACGUGGUGGAAUCUCCGAUCUGGAUCACAGCCCACAGCACACAGUUCACUCAGCCAGGAUGGACAUACCUGCAGACUGUCGGACACUUCGCUCAGGGGGGAAGUUAUGUGGCCCUGACAGACGGGAAUGGAAACCUGACUGUUGUCAUAGAAACCAUGACUCAUGAUCACUCCAUCUGCAUCAGACCUCCUCUCCCUCCCUUCAAUGUCACGUCCCAGAAUGCAACAUUUCAGCUGAAAGGCUCCUUUGCCUCCAUCAAAGAGCUGCAGGUGUGGAGGUCGCACUUUGACUUCAAGGCGAAGAAGCACUUGCUGUUUGAGAAGCUGCCUCCUGUGAAGAUUGUAGAUGGAUCAUUUACUCUGAAUCUGGCUGAAGAUGAAGUUUACACUCUGACCACCGUCAGGACCGGACAGAAAGGGAGCUUCCCUGAGCCGCCACCUUCAUCCCGCUUCCCUAAAGCCUACAAGGAUAACUUUGAUAUUCGAAACCCUCCGUUUUCUGAGGCCCCUAACUUCGCCGACCAAACUGGUGUGUUUGAGUACUACAUUAACCUGACUGACCCCGGACCACAUACCUUCACGCUACGGCAGGUCGUGACGGAAAGACCGAUCACCUGGGCAACGGACGCCGAUCAAACCGUCACUGUUAUCGGAGACUAUCAGUGGCAGAACAUGAUGGUCACCUGCGAUGUAUUUAUGGAGAACGUACAAAGCGGUGGCGUGUUCGUGGCAGCCCGGCUGGAUAAAGGGGGCCAGUCAGUACGCAGCGCUAAAGGAGUCUUCUUCUGGGUGUUUGCCGAUGGAUCGUACAAGGUUACCAAUGAUCUGGCUGGACAGUCGGUGCUGGCAGAGGGACAGUCAGGAACAAGACCUUUUGAUUGGCACAACUUGUCCCUUUCUGUAAAGGGUCAGAGCGCCUCCGGAAUGCUGGACGGACGGCAGCUGUGGAAUGUCACCGGAGUUUCUUCACCGAAGAACGGCUGGGCAGCAAUCGGAACCCACUCGUUUGAACUGGCUCAGUUUGAUAACUUCAAUGUGUUGGCAGAGUAAAGAUGGAAUAGGGAAAUUAUUCUUUCUUGAUUUAAAACUUUGGAAACUUGAUUGACUUUUGCACAAAUGAAGAGAACAGGAGGGACGUAAUGAUGGAAAGUUCACUGGAGCUCUGAACUUUACUGCUUAAUUAAUUUUGCACUGCUUUUGUUUUUGAUUUUUAUGUUUUUUUUCACGUUCAAGGGAACAGAAAGACUACACUAUGAGGUGUUUAAGGAUUUUUUUGUCUGAACUGCAUCACCAUGAAUUAUGUUUCAAGAUGAAUGUGAUGAAGCCAUAUCAUUCUGGAGGAUUAACUCAUUAAAUGUCACUGUUGGUGUUUAAAAGA